AUGAGCCUGUUUCCCCGCCUCGACAAGCAGAGAUUGGGGGAUCUAGAGCCUCAUGAUUGGGAUCUAUCCUCCAGGGAACACGUCAGGAAAUUCAGUAUCUCUUCAAAAUACCCCAAGACGGUCAUUCCUGACCCAGCGAUCUUCAGCGAUGCGAUAGUCCCGGCUCUGAAGUCAGCGGAGCAUGGACUCCCCACACAAUAUCCUAAUCCAGGACAUGUGGCUGCCCAUCUCGGCUUGAUCGAAUGCUUCCGCAAGUUCCAGCAGCACGUCGUCACCUCGGAGCAGCUUGAGAUCCUUGACUUGCCCAGCUAUCCAGGCACUACAAGUGAUGGUAAUGCUCCUACCCCUACUGAGGAUGCCACGGCAAAUGCCUCGAAUACUCCUCGAUGGGAUACCGUGGUUCGUCUUGCAAUUGCCCGCUUUCAGAUCUGGUUUGAAAAUAUUGAAUCCAUUGUAACCCAUGCAGCUGCUUAUCACCGCUUUGGCCCUGACAGCAAUGCUCUUCAUGCAGCUUUCACAGCAGACUACCUACCGCCGUUGGAUGUCAUGCUAGUUUGGUAUGCUUACAUGCAAAUGCCGGGAGCAUACAGACGAGACAAUCUCGCACACAGCUCCCCAAAACUGCUGGAAAUUCCUCUUCCAUGGGAAGCGAUUCUCGCGGUAAUGGACCUGGACCUUUUCACUUACAAUCUUCCACCAGCGGCUGAGAAGCUAUUCACAACUACAACCACCCAAUCUGCCGACAUAUUUGUCUAUCUUAUGCACCCACCGCCGUACACCAACCUCAAUCCGGAGAAGGCAUUUUCAGUCGACCUUGAAUCAGCUGUUCAUGAACUGGUAGACGGGGGCUCAUUUGUAGAGUCGAUGAGCAGCCUUCUCUUCUUACGUUCGCCAUCACUGGAAGGGACGUUGCUUCGUGCCCUAGCCAAAUAUGGAGCCCUAGUCCAAGCUACAGGCAGCAGGGCAAGUUUAUGGCUGGAACGUAUAAAAGAAGAGCCGGCGCUCCAGCUAGUGUGGCGAACGCACAUGCUGUAUCCAAUGGCUUAUAUCGAGUUCAGUGCGAACAUUUUUGGAAGUGACAUUCUUCUAAAGUCCGACGUCGAUUCGCUUGUGCAUACGGCGGACGUCAAGAGCCCACCAAGUUCAGAACCCUCGACUGGUGAUAACGACAGCGUCAGUCUCGAUGCCGCCGACAUAUGUUACUGCUGGCUAUGUGAGCGCAUUCGAGACGAAGUCCCGGACUAUACUACCUCGUCUUCGAAGCUCGCCAGGAGAAUGCUACCGACAACUAGCUCUGGCACCGUGUCUCAACCAGCAAGCCCAACCAGCAGAGGAUUCUCUCAUUUUCGAUCGCGGUCCAUGUCAAGCAAUACGCCGCAAAGCGCCGAUAGUCCUCUUUCGCAGUUGACCAAAGAGCAGAUAGCGUCCAUCAAAGCAGACGUCGCGUUCUAUAGAUAUGUCGAAGAUUUUCGACGCGCGAAUCCGGACGCCACAACGCUUCCAGGGCGACCAGCUACGUCCCGAGACCUGGAGAAGAUCCAGCGUGAGCUAGACGCAAAGAAACGCGUGGGCACAUUUCAUGGGAUGGGCUACACCGUUGAGGUCGUACGGCCUGCAGUUUACGACGAAGCGACGGGUCGACUGCUAAAGAAGGAGAAGACAAAAGUCAGGCGCUCGAAGAAUAUAAAUCCUACAGCGAGAAUUGGUGGCUUCAUGGCAGGCUUCUGA